ACACUAAGCAUCCUGCGAGAGGCGCUGCCACAGCCACACUGCCACCAGUCAUGAACCAGUCAAUGGGCAGGAGUCCGUUCUCUUAGCUAGCUAAUACAUCCAUGCAGGAACCACUAGUAUUUGGUUGGACAAGGAAUGUAAAUGUCUGAGGACAAGGAAGCCCAGGAGGAUGAGCUGCUUGCUUUAGCAAGUAUCUAUGAUGAGGAGGAGUUCCACCAGGCGGAGUCGGCACAGGGGGGAGAGAUCCAACUCUGUCUGGAGCUCCCUCCUGAUUUUAAAGUUGUUGUCAAAGGAGAGAAGCAUACAGGAUAUAAUGUUAGCUUUUUACCUCCUUUAGCGCUCAACUUUGAGCUUCCUGCAGACUAUCCAUCCACAUCCUCACCAGUUUUCACUCUCAGCUCGAAAUGGAUGACCGUUGCACAGAUGAGCUCUCUGUGCAGACGCCUGGAUGAGCUGUGGGAGGAGAACCAGGGCUGUGUGAUUCUUUUCACAUGGAUCCAGUUCCUCAAAGAGGAGGUUUUGGACUUUCUUGGCAUCCAGUCCCCUCUUGAAGUCAUAAGGGGAGGAAGUAAGGCAGUUGCUGAGCGCAGGAAAACUGACCCAGUAGCCAAAGCUCUGACACAGUGUGGGAGUCAUUCUGAAAAUGCUGAGGAAAAGACACUAGAAGUGAAGAAGGAAAAGUCUGAGCCCCAGUUGUCAUUGCCUUCUCAACUGGACCACCGGGCUGUUUUGUUGAUGGACCCGCGUGCCGACCUCCUACCUCAGCUCCUGGACUUUGACGAGGAGCAGCGCCAGAGGGUGUUUGACAGCAAGGUGUUCGGCUGUGGGAUCUGCUUUGUGGAGAAGCUGGGCUCCAUCUGCCUCUGCUUUAAGGAGUGCCAGCAUGUCUACUGCAAGGCCUGCAUGACCGAAUACUUCCAGAUCCAAAUACGAGACGGCAACGUUCAGUGCCUUAAUUGCCCUGAGCCCAAAUGUACCUCCUUAGCCACACCGUCACAGGUCAAGCAGCUGGUGGAUGAGGAGCUGUUUGCCCGUUAUGACCGUUUGCUGCUUCAGUCCAGUCUGGACCUCAUGGCCGACGUGGUCUACUGUCCCCGCCAGUCUUGCGGCACCCCUGUUAUGGUGGAGCCAGACACUACCAUGGGGAUUUGCUCGGCCUGCCAGUAUGCCUUUUGCACACUGUGCAAGCUGGGCUAUCAUGGUCUCUCCCACUGUAAAAUCCCUGCAGAUGAAUUGCGCAACCUCAGAGAUGAGUACCUAUCUGCCUCAGCUGCGGGGAAAAAGUUCAUGGAGCAGCGCUUUGGGAAGAGAGUUAUCCAGAAAGCAGUGGAAGAGUCCUUUAGCAGAGACUGGUUAAAUGAGAACUGCAAAUCCUGCCCACGCUGUGGAACCAAUAUACAGAAAGUGGAUGGCUGUAAUAAGAUGACCUGUACCUCAUGUAGACAAUACUUCUGUUGGCUGUGCCUGGGUCUCCUCAGCAAAGUCAACCCGUACAGUCACUUCAACAACCCACAUUCACCAUGUUACAACCAACUCUUCCAAGGUGUGGAUCUUGACGAAGAAGAUGCCUUCUGGAGUGAUGAGGAGGACUGACAACCUGUGCAGUACCUAAUUUCUGUAUGCUCCAUUUGAAAGCACUUUAUCUCACAUAACCAUCACUUCACCUGUGGCACUUACUAUGCCUGCAUCAGCACAA